CAAUGAGCUCGCGUCCCGGCCGAGGUAAAACCACCGCACGGCGCAGAUUCGACACCAGUUGUGGACAGACAAGCAGUGCGAGUAGAACGACGCUCCUUCACACGUGACAAUGAACCGUGCUACCAAGUCAGGAAUUGCCGCUGAGGCCCAAUCAAAGGUCGAGGCCAAAUACAGCGAACAGCUGGCCGCAGAGUGCCUGGAAUGGAUCGCCGCCAUCACAGGGAAGGACGUGGACCCCAAUGGUGCCAUGGACAACUUCUACGAGCAGCUCAAGAAUGGUGUCCUGCUCUGCGAAGUCAUCAAUGCCCUGAAGCCUGGACAGAUCAAGAAGAUCCAGACCUCUAGCAUGGCCUUCAAAUGCAUGGAGAACAUCAACAACUUUGUGGAUGGAGCCAAGGCAUGUGGCGUGCCCUCUCAGGAAACCUUCCAGACCGUGGACCUGUGGGAGAGGCAGAACCUCAACUCUGUAGUCAUCUGUAUCCAGUCUCUGGGAAGAAAGGGUAGCCAGUUUGGAAAGCCCUCAAUUGGACCCAAGGAGGCUGAGAAGAAUGUGCGCAACUUCAGUGAAGAGCAGCUGAAUGCCUCCAAUGCUGUCAUCAGUUUGCAAUACGGCUCCAACAAGGGCGCCAACCAGGCAGGAAUGUCCUUCGGCAACACCCGCCACAUGUAGGCUGCACGCUGAGCUGCUGUGGAAAUUCAAAAUUGCACCACUAGAAA